UCCACAGUAUCAGAGUGUCACUUUCUCAAUCAAAAGGUUUCUCUCUCUCUUCUCCUUUUUCUCUCAUCCUGCGCGAAAACAAAAGAGAAAAAUAACAAGAGAGAGAGAGACUCUCUCACACAGACACAGAGUCUAGGUCUGCUUUGUAAAUCUCUCUCUCUCUCUAUCACUCUGCACCAGUUUUCGUUCCUCUUUCCAUCACUUCGAGAAAGCAAAAAAAAAAAAACUCCAAAUCUCCCUCGCUUAGAUCUGAUCCUUUCGAAGCUCAAAUUCGUUUACCCUUUUUUCCCAAAAGAUCGUACCUUUUUAGUAUCUUCCUCGCAAGCGUCUCUGUAUCGCCGACCUUCUCUUCCGAUCUCCAUGUUUAGCAUCUGCAUUCCAUAGCCCCACCCGAUGCUGCAUGCAAUCCCCAACACCCUUUUAGAUUGCUACAACAACGCGUUGAUUUCUUCCUCUUCGAUGUUCUGUCUCUCUGCUCUUGCAUGUUUGUCGAGUCAACCUUAGGAAAACAAAAAGGUGUUACCUUUGCCUCCGAUUUGAUGAACUCUUUCGUGUAGAGAGCAUUUCCGCGUUACUGUUAAGAUUAGGGUUUCUCUGAUUUUGUGGGGUCAGGAUUGUUUUAGUGUUUUUUUUUCCCUUUCUAUAAAAAAAAGCUUAUGGAUUCUCAGAGGGGUGUUGUUGAAGAAGCUAGAUCUCAGUCUUUGAAUAGGCAAGGCUCUCUUUAUAGCUUAACACUCGACGAGGUCCAAACCCAUUUGGGGAGUUCUGGCAAAGCGCUUGGAAGUAUGAAUCUUGACGAGCUUCUCAAGAGUGUUUGCUCUGUUGAAGCUAAUCAGCCAUCUUCCAUGGCUAUGAACGGUGCUGCAACUCAGGAGGGUCUCUCUCGUCAGGGAAGCUUGACUUUGCCGCGGGAUCUUAGCAAAAAGACUGUCGAGGAGGUCUGGAAAGACAUUCAGCAGGACAAGAAUGGAGGUGGUAGUGGUCGUCAUGAGAGGAGAGAUAAGCAGCCUACUUUAGGCGAAAUGACGCUUGAGGACUUGUUGUUGAAAGCAGGAGUGGUCACCGAGACUGUUCCUGGUGGAAGUGCUGGUAUGGAGCAAAACAUAACUCCGGUUGCGCCAUGGGUUCAGUAUCAUCAGCUUCCGUCAAUGCCGCAGCCUCAGUCAUUCAUGCCGUAUCCGGUUGCAGACAUGCAAGUAAUGGUAUCUCAGUCUUCUUUGAUGGGUGGUUUAUCAGAUACGCAAACUCCAGGGAGGAAGAGGUUAGCUUCAGGGGAAGUUGUGGAGAAGACUGUGGAGAGGAAACAGAAGAGAAUGAUAAAGAACAGAGAGUCUGCUGCUCGUUCUCGUGCUAGGAAACAGGCUUAUACUCAUGAGUUAGAGAUCAAAGUUUCACGGUUAGAAGAAGAAAAUGAAAGACUCAAGAGGCAAAAGGAAGUAGAGAAGAUCCUCCCAAGUGCACCACCACCUGAUCCCAAGCGGCAGCUGAGGAGGACAAGCUCAGCUCCUUUCUGAUCCGAUUUCAAUACUCUUUUUUUUCUGCAUCUGUAUCGGUUUGCUUAUAAAACGAAGAGAGUGGAAAACAGUUUGUUUCUUUGUACAUUCUUGACUUGGAGCAAUUCUGUUAAGUUUGUUACAAACAUUCGGAGUUAUUUUAGUAGCAACAGCAAUCUUUUUCUUUGAGUAUAAAAA